AUGGAUAGGCAAUAUCAAUCAUCGUCAAAAGUUACUGGUAGUGGUAGAGACAAAAGUCUUGGAAAAGGAGGUGCUAAACGUCAUCGUAAGAUCAUUCGAGAUAAUGUUCAAGGAAUAACUAAACCAGCGAUUAGAAGACUUGCUCGUCGAGGAGGCGUGAAACGUAUUUCUGGUCUCGUUUAUGAGGAAACUCGUGGUGAUGUGGUAACUUACACGGAAAAUGCAAAUCGUAAAACAGUCAUGUCUUUGGAUGUCGUCUAUGCGCUUAAACGUCAAGGACACACUCUUUAUGGUUUCGGUGGUUAA